AUGUACGUCCAAGGUGUUGAUGACGCUACAUGGUGUAAGAACUUUCCGGCCACAUUGAAGGGAGUGGUGCAGAAGUGGUUCAACAAUUUACCUCCUAACUCAGUGAACAAUUUCACUGAGCUUAGUAUCUUGUUUACCAGCCAUUUUGUGGCAAACUGUCAAGAGUAUAAAGCAAGCAUGCAUUUAGGAAAGGUAGUUCAAGGGCCUAAAGAAGCCCUAAGGAGUUAUGUGAAGCGGUUCAAUUUGGAAGCAUUGCAGAUUCAGGAUCUGAAUGCUGGAGUGGCGUUUGACGCCUUCAUCCGAGGUCUAAGACCUGACAGCUUUAAGUUUGAUUUAGUGAAGAAGAAGAUAACAACUUUAACAGAGGCUCUUAAAGAGGCUGAAGCUUUUAUCCAUGCCACGGAGGUUUUAGCAGAAGCAAAGCAGCCAGAGGCGAAGAAAAUUGAAGAGGCUCUAUUCAGCCAAAAAAGAGUCUUCCCAAGAAAGCUGAAACUUCGGCUAUGA